AUUCUAUCUAACCUGGGUUUGUACCUGCUGGCUCUGGUGGCCCCCUCCCGCACCGACUCCCACCGACGAACCUAUUUCUAUGUCGGAGGCAACUAUACGCUCGACAGCAAGGGCGAGCAUAUCUACACGGACCAGAUGUACGUGGAGAAGCUCACCCCUGCGCAUGUCACCCAACCCCAUCCCAUCGUCUUCAUCCAUGGCAUGGCACAGACAGCCACGAACUGGCUGAACAAGCCGGACGGCCAACCAGGAUGGGCAUCCUACUUCCUCCAGAAGGGAUAUGAAUGCUACCUCCUGGACCAGCCAUUCCGGGGCCGCAGUCCCUGGCAGCCGUCCAAUGGCCCGUUGGAGACUUACUCGGCCGAACAUUUGCAGAAAUACUUUACCGCGCCCGCCCAAUAUCGUCUGUGGCCACAAGCUUCGCUGCAUACCCAAUGGCCUGGCUCCGGUCUGAUGCAUGACCCUAUUUUUGAUGCCUACUAUGCCAGCACGGUGCCCUCUGUCAGUGACGAUAUCUCCCAACAACGUGCCAUGCAGCAGGCUGGCGCCGCUCUGUUGGAUCGGAUUGGUGAGCCGGUCAUUCUGGUGGCUCAUUCCCAGGCCGGUCUUAUGGCGUGGCUCAUGACCGACCAACGGGCGGAUUUGGUUCACUCCAUCGUUGCCAUCGAGCCCGCUGGUCCUCCUUUUAGCUCCAUGUUUGGGGGCGCUCCCACAAAGCCAUACGGUCUCACCGAUAUUCCCCUCACGUAUACGCCACCAGUGUCGAAUCCUAGCUCGGACCUUGUCACCACCGUCAUUCCGGCCAACUCAUCGGACGUGACGGAUUGUCACAUUCAGGCCGAUGACUCUUCGGCGCGGCAGUUGGCCAACAUCAGCAAAGUUCCUGUGCUCUUGGUAACUACGGAAGCGUCGUACCAUGCUCAGUAUGAUUGGUGCACGGUCAAGUUUCUGCAGCAGGCCGGAGUGCAGACGCAGCACUUGCAGCUGGGGGAGAUUGGCAUUCACGGCAAUGGUCAUAUGGUGUUUUUGGAGAAGAACAGCGAUGAAGUCGCAGCUGCCAUUCAAAAGAGAUUGGAGACAUCUCUUGCGGUGCACAAGUCGGAUCUCUAAUUGGCUUGUACUGAGACUAGUCCACUUAUGUGAUGUCGUUAACAUUCCAUGUCAGUGUCUUGACUUUGGCUUUGUCUAUUGGUAUGAGAUAUUUCUAGGACGUCGCCAGAUCCUGAGCUGUAGUCACUUACAAUCAUAUAAAACCGCAAGAUGUUCCGUUAUGGG